UGGAAAAAUUUUUCACGUUUCCGCCCUAAGGAAAAAAUUACAUGAUCACCCCCCCCUUAAGUGACGGUGACUGAGCGGAGUUCAACAAACAUUCAUCCAACCGUUCAGUAGUAAUCGAACGUGAUUGGCCCUUAUUUUUAGAACCAACAAAUCAGCAUCGAGUGUUGAUAAAACGAUAACUGAGUUUUCUCUGCCGAACGCGAUCAUAAUCACGAAUAUAUAUGAUUGAUCAUAAAUUUUUAAACAGCUGUUUACGUCAGAAAGUGCAGUGCGAUAUAUCCAGAAUCAUCUGGAACCAUCCAGGAUUAAUUUUAUUUUCCAAGACUUUUUGUAUAUCUCGUAAAAAAUUAUUGUUCCCUGAAAGUGCCUCUCUAAUUAAUAUGUUUGAAAGAAAAUUGAAGGCUCUUGGUUAUAUGGAAUGGGAUAAAGUUAAUGGAAAUAAUACUGAGCACUUUAGAAAAGUGAUUGUAUGGUUGGAAGAUCAAAAAAUACGUCAUUAUACAAUAGAGGACCGUAAACCAUUAAGGAAUAUUACAUCCCCAGAAUGGCCCAAGAUUUUUGAGAAAUAUUGUAAUGAUAUCAAGUGUCCGAUAACCAAGAAUGAAGCUGACCAAUUAGAAUGGUUCAUAGGAUAUGCUAUUUGGCUUGAAUUUGGAGAUGACUGUCAAAAAUAUCAACAAGUUAUAGGAAAUAAAGCAAAGGCUAAAGAGGAAGUAAAGAUACCUAAUAUCAAAUCUACAAAUCCUCUAGAUAAUUUAGAUUUUGAUAGUGAAGCUUUCAAGACUGGGGUUACUUCAAUAGCAAAAUUGUUAAAAGUACCAAAACAUUCUGAUCAUCUUAUAACACUACAAGCAUGUAGUAAACUUGUGUGUAAUAAAUUGAAUGCGGAUGCAAUUAAGCAACCUAAUAAUGCUGUAACUGUCAAGGGUAAAUCCCUGACGGCAAUGACUAUAGUGCCCAGCUUCAAUAUGGGCGACAUAAUGCUGGACAAUGCUGCCAAAGGCCUUUCUUUACUGUAUAUACAAGAUCUCAGGAAUCUUCAGACAAAGAUUAACGAAACGAUAGUUGCUGUACAAAACAUAACAGCUAAUCCGAAAACGGAUACCAAAUUAGGAAAAGUCGGUAAAUGAACGGUUAUUCACGUAUAUUAUAUUCUAGAAUGAUAUAUGUUUAAUACCUUAAACUAAGAAUAUAGAAUAUAUCAAAUUAGGAAAACAUUUCUCAUGUAUACAUCUAGAAACAAUCUUGGAAAUAACAUGAAAUUACAUUAAAUGCACUAUUUAAAACGAGAUAUUUAUCAAAAUAAGAUGAGAUAAAAGUUAAUUUAUUUUUACUUUGUUAGUUUGUGCCAAAUAUGGUAAUACAUCGAUUUUGUAAAGAAAUGUAAUGUAUAACGUUCGUUUCUCAUUUUUAUAGAAUCGAUAUUUCAUAUAUAUUAAAUAAGCAUACUAUCACAAAAUACUCAGCUCUUGUACAAAAAAGGUAUCUAAUUUAUAUAUAUAUAUAUAUAUAU